CUGCCCUCCACCUCUCAUUCUUCCUCUUCUUCCUUUCCUCGCCGUUAAAACACCACACUUCUUCUUCAUUCUUCUUCUUCUUCAACUUCAAUUCCAUGGCUUGCUCCAAUUUCACUCCACUCUGGGGCUCCUCCAAGCUCUCGUCCCCCUCCCGUCUCGCCCUGCAGGCUCCCCGCUCGCCCCGCCCGUCGUCGUCCACCAUCGUCUGCAGCCUCCGCGACCUCCGCGACCGCAUCGGCUCGGUCAAGAACACGCAGAAGAUCACCGAGGCGAUGAAGCUGGUGGCCGCGGCGAAGGUGCGGCGCGCGCAGGAGGCGGUGGUGAGCGGGCGCCCCUUCUCGGAGACGCUGGUGGAGGUUCUCUACAACAUCAACGAGCAGCUGCAGACGGAGGACGUGGACGUGCCGCUGACCCGCGUGCGCCCCGUGCGCAAGAUCGCGCUGGUGGUGGUCACCGGCGACCGCGGCCUCUGCGGGGCCUACAACAACGCCAUCAUCCGGAAGGCAGAGCAGCGCAUGGCGGAGCUCUCUGUUCUGGGGAUCGAAUACACGCUCAUCAGCGUGGGGAAGAAGGGCAACGUCUACUUCCAACGACGGCCCCACAUCCCGGUCGACCGAUUCCUGGAAGCCGGCAACCAGCCCACCGCUAAGGAGGCGCAAGCCAUCGCCGACGACGUCUUCUCCCUGUUCGUCAGCGAGGAGGUCGACAAGGUGGAGCUGCUCUACACCAAGUUCGUGUCGCUGGUGAAGUCCGAUCCGGUGAUCCACACGCUGCUGCCGCUGUCGCCCAAGGGCGAGAUCUGCGACGUGAACGGCGUGUGCGUGGACGCGGCCGAGGACGAGCUGUUCCGGCUCACCACCAAGGAGGGGAAGCUGACGGUGGAGCGCGACGUGGUGCGCACGCCGACGCCGGCCUUCUCCCCCAUCCUGCAGUUCGAGCAGGACCCGGUGCAGAUCCUCGACGCCCUGCUGCCGCUGUACCUCAACAGUCAGAUCCUGCGCGCGCUGCAGGAGUCGCUGGCCAGCGAGCUCGCCGCCCGGAUGACCGCCAUGAGCAACGCCACCGACAACGCCGUCGAGCUCAAGAAGACGCUCUCCAUCCUCUACAACCGGCAGCGGCAAGCCAAGAUCACCGGCGAGAUCUUGGAGAUCGUCGCAGGGGCAGAUGCUCUGGUGUAGUAACUAUAUCAUUGAUUCGAUUCGCGCUACACUUUGUGUUACCAAACGAGGUCAACUCUGCUCUCUCUUUAAUUGUACAACAUAUCUAAGUCAACAUCUGUUUUUGACCUUAUUUAUAUAUGGGAUUAUUUUUUAUUA